CCCCGGGCCUUGAGGCGCUGCCGGCGAGCGGAGCCAGGCCCCGGCGGGCCCGCGCUGCUGCCCCGGCCGCCGCCUCUGCAGGCCCCGGCGCUGGCGGCCCCCCCGGCGCGGCGGCGGCGGCGGCGGAAGCGGCGGAAGCGGCGGCGCGGGGCGGGCCGGCGCCCGGGGGAAGGCGGCGCGGCCCGUGGGGGAGGGGAGGGGAGGCCGCUGGGCUGCACGGGGGCCCGCUGGGGCCGGAGCCUUCGCCGUGGGGCCGUAGGCAGCAAAGAUGGGCUCUCCCCCAACUCGAUACCUAGUGUUCUUUCAGUACCUUGGCACUAAAUAUAGUGGGGUUAUGGGGACUUCGAAUGAUCAGUCAACAGUUGGAGUCCAGAAUUACUUGGAGAAGGCAGCGGAGAACCUAAAACCCGUUGUUCCUAUCAAGUUCCACAUCUCCAGCCGAACAGAUACUGGUGUCCAUGCACUCUGCAACUCUGCUCACCUCGACAUCCAGAAAGCACCGGGGAAGCCAGCUUUUAAAGAGAAACAGCUCAUCUACAGUCUUAAUUGCCACCUGAGGCCUGAGCCAAUCCGCAUUCUGAAUGCCUACCAAGUGGCCAAUACCUUUCAUGCACGCUUCUGUGCACUGUCAAGAACCUAUGUUUAUCGGCUGUUGUUGGGCUGCGCUCAUCAUUCUGAAAUACCAGUGUUCGAAAGGGAUCUCUGUUGGGCUCCUGCGGGAGGCUACCUGAAUGUGCCUGCCAUGCAGGAUGCAGCACAGUUCCUGCUGGGAACCCACGACUUCAGCACCUUUCGCUCACUUAACUCUGAAACACCUUUUCAGUCUCCAGUCAGAACCAUCCUCCAAGUAGACAUCCAGCCCUCUUCUGGUUUCCUGUCCCACCACUAUGAACACAGGGGGCUGGAGUUCUGGGAGUUGACGUUCAGGAGCAGAGCAUUUCUUUACCGACAGGUCCGAAGAAUGGUUGGGGCUCUAGUUGCAGUUGGCCAGGGAAAGUUAACACCUCGUCAUAUAAAGGAGUUACUGGAGAUAAAAGAUUCACGGGCUUUUCCAUCAAAUGCCAUGGCUCCACCAUCUGGACUCUUUCUAAAAUCAGUGGAAUAUAACGAAGCAGAUUUGAACGCUACAGUUGCCCCAGGAGAAUAGCAGCUCUGUGAGAUACAGCCACAUCCAAAAGGACUGUUGUGGAUGUGUGAUGGAGGUUUGCCAAGUGCUCUUUACACAAUACACGAUCUUGUCUCAAUAAAAAUCAUUGACCGUGA